ACUUGGUAUGUAUUAUUACUUUCUUUUCUCUGCAAAUGUUUACAUUGUUUGCUUAAGGGCAGUGCUUUCCCACUCGUAGCUGAGGCUAUUCAGGAGGAUUUGGAGGCGUAUCGAAGCAGUGAAGAUGAAAUUAAGCGACUAAAACACGCCAUGGGAAUGGAGGGUAAUGAAGCAGACGCUGCUAUCUCGUCACUGUUAUCAGACACCACCGCAAAGUUGGGAUCUACCGUAACGUCUCUUCCCCAAUUACUGGAGGCAAAAAGACUGAUAGAUUUGCAUACAAAUGUUGCCACCACCCUUCUUGAUCACAUCAAACAGCGGAAACUGGAUGUGCUCUUUGAACUGGAGCAAAAGUUGCUACAGCAUUCUCCUCUUGAAGUACCUCUUCUGCAAUUGCUUGCUGACUUUACCAAUCCCGAAGAUAUACUUAGGGUCAUAUUAAUCAACUAUCUGUGUCAGGAAAACAUCACUGAGGCAGAACUUGAAGAACAGUUGAGGUUUCUCAAGGAGAGGAAUGGGGACGAAUCUGCCAUUCGCUUCGCUUGCAAAAUUAGGUCAGUGUCACAACUGGGAAAGUCAACAGCGACGGAAGAGCAUCAUGGCGGUGGUACGAAGACUAUUAGCAUGUUCAAUAAACUGCUCAGCCAUAGCUCACGAUUUGUAAUGGAAGGCGUCAAAAACCUCGUUCCUAAAAAGCAUAACUUGCCAUUAACCAUG